AUGAGGGUGGCAGCAGGCCUUCUCUGGCUCCUGGCCCUCGGAGUCCCCCCCCAGGCCCAAGCAUCCUGCCCCUCCCAAUGCAGCUGCAGCCUCCACAUCCUGGGUGAUGGCAGCACAACCAGGACUGUGGUGUGCAGCGACCCUGACAUGACGCUGCCCCCCGCUGCCGUGCCCCCGGACACGGUGCUUCUGCGGCUGGAGCGCACAGCAGUGCGCAGGGUGCCGGGUGCGGCCUUCGGGCCCCUGGGCCGCCUGGAGCAGCUGUGGCUGCCUUACAACGUGCUGACAGAGCUGAGCCCACGUGCGCUGCGGGGCCUGCGGCGCCUGCGGGAGCUGCAUCUGCCCGGAAACCGCCUGCAGGCCUUCCCCUGGCCCGCGCUGGCCGAUGCGCCCCAGCUGCGCCUACUGGACCUGCAGGCCAACCGCCUGGCCGCUGUGCCACCCGGGGCCGCGCGCUUUCUGGGCAACCUCAGCUUCCUGGAUCUGUCUAGCAACCAGUUGCUGCACCUGCCGCAGGACCUGCUGGCCCGUUGGACACACCUGCACCUGCCCUUCCUCCCUGCCCGCCGCGCCAGCCUGGUGCUAGGCCUGCAGGAUAACCCUUGGGUGUGUGACUGCCGACUCUAUGACCUGGUGCAUUUCCUGGAAGGCUGGAUUUCGAAUGUGGCCUUCAUAGAAGACAGGCUUCGAUGUGCCAGCCCACGCAGCCUGGCUGGAGUGGCCUUCAGUCAGCUGGAGCUGAGGAAGUGCCAGAGCCCAGAGGUCCGUCCAGGGCCAAGUAACAUCAGGUCCCCUGUGGGUAGCACUGUGCUGCUCCGUUGUGGAGCCACUGGAGUCCCUGGACCGGAGAUGAGCUGGAGGAGGAACAAUGGAUACCCACUCAAUGGCACAGUGCAGCAAGAAGUCUCUAGUGACGGCACGAGCUGGCUGCUGCUGCACCUGCCUGCUGUGUCCUCCUUUGAUUCUGGAGACUACGUCUGCCAGGCCACAAACUUUCUGGGCACCUCUGAGAUUGUUACCUCUUUGCUCAUCACCGAGCCCCAGACUGCUACAGAAUGGAACAGGAGCCCAGGGGCUCUGUGGGCCAGGAUAGCUGAGGGGGCAGAAGCUGCUGCCUAUAAUAAGCUGGUGGCUAGGCAUGUUCCCCAUGUCCCCGAGCCCACUCUCCUGGCCACUGAGCCUUCAGCACCCAAUGUGCAGGAGGACCCGACACUUCAGCACUUUCAGAUGGGUGCCCCAGGAGCAUACCUGGCAGGGCAAGCCAGAGCCCAGGAAACCCGGGUGGUGAAAUCUCUCAAAGUGGUGGGGGAUACUUACCAGAGCGUGACCUUGGUGUGGAAGGCCCCCCAGGCUGGAAACACAACAGCCUUCAGUGUCCUUUACACAGUCUUUGGACAGGGAGCUAUGAGACAGGUGAUCGUGCCAUCUGGAAGGACCAGUGUCACUAUCCACGGGUUGUCCCCCAAGACCAAGUAUGUAGCUUGUGUCUGUGUGCAGGGCCUAGUGCCCCGCAAGGACCAGUGUGUCAUCUUCUCCCCGGACAAGGUGGUGGAUGCCGAGGGUACCCAGUGGCUCAUCAACAUGGUGGUGAUCAGUGUGGCUGCCGUCGUGGCCCUGCCCCCUACGUUGUUGGUCUGCUGUGGUGCCCUCCAGAGGCGUUGCCGCAAGUGCCACUCCCGGGGCCCCACAGAAACCACAGGCACCUACGUCAGCCUGGAGAGGCUAGGCCACAGCGAGGAUGGCACCGAGGACCUAUCCCGGCACAGUCUGAGUGAGGCUGACCGGCUGCUCUCGGCCCGUUCCAGCCUGGACUCCCAGAUUCUGGGGAUCAAGGGGGGCAGGCGGAUGAAUGAGUACUUCUGCUGA